AACAUCUUUUCCCGGAUUUUUGUCAUUGACUCUUGAAAUUCUGGUAGAGAGUGUGUUUGUAUCUUUUGUGGCAAAUAUUUUAGUUUGGUUUUGUAACGUUUUACUUGAAACUUUUAUCAUGUUGUCCUCACACCUACCAAAAACCAAAAUUGUCAUCAAGGACGCUGACAUUUCAUCACAGCUCGGAAGAACGAAGAUUCAUGACGAAAAUGAGGUUCCAAACAAAGAUUCAGUAUCUGUGAAGAAAAUCAAGGUCUUGGGAGAGAGUCAGAAACAGAAUAUUAUAACAACAAAUGGAACCAAUGAGCCAAUCAAAAAAGCACCAACACACAAGAAAAAGAUGAACUUAUUCAAGAAAGAAGAUGAGCCCCUCCUCCGUGAUAAUCCCAACCGCUUUGUGAUAUUCCCCAUCAAGUACCACGACAUUUGGCAGAUGUACAAGAAGGCAGAGGCUUCUUUCUGGACUGCUGAAGAGGUUGAUCUGUCCAAGGACCUUGUCCACUGGGAGACGCUCAAGGAUGAUGAGAAACAUUUCAUCUCUCAUGUCCUAGCUUUCUUUGCCGCAAGUGACGGCAUUGUUAAUGAGAACUUGGUUGAACGCUUCACCCAGGAAGUCCAGGUGACAGAAGCCAGGUGUUUCUAUGGCUUCCAGAUUGCCAUGGAGAAUAUCCACAGUGAAAUGUACAGCCUACUCAUCGACACCUACAUCAAAGAUGCAGCAGAAAGAGAUUUCCUGUUCAAUGCCAUUGAGACCAUGCCAUGUGUCAAGAAGAAGGCUGACUGGGCUAUGCGCUUUAUGAAUGAUGAUUUGGCUUCAUAUGGAGAAAGAGUUGUGGCAUUUGCUUCUGUAGAAGGAAUCUUCUUCUCUGGGUCUUUCGCUGCUAUCUUCUGGCUAAAGAAGCGCGGCAUCAUGCCUGGUCUCACAUUCAGCAAUGAGCUCAUCAGCAGAGAUGAGGGUCUCCACUGUGAUUUUGCCUGUCUGAUGUUCCGCCACUUGAACAACAAGCCUUCCCAAGAAAGAAUCUAUGAAAUAGUCAAGGAAGCUGUUACAAUUGAGCAAGAAUUCCUCACACAGGCACUGCCUGUAAACCUCAUCGGCAUGAACUGUGAUCUCAUGAAGCAAUACAUCGAAUUUGUAGCUGACAGACUUCUUGUUGAACUUCAGUGUGAAAAGGUGUACAAUUCAGAAAACCCCUUUGACUUUAUGGAACACAUUUCCUUGGAAGGAAAAACAAACUUUUUUGAAAAGCGAGUUGGUGAAUAUCAAAGAAUGGGUGUGAUGUCCGGAGGAUCUGCUAACCAUCAGUUCACAUUGGAUGCUGAUUUCUAAACAUUGGAAUCAAAAGACCUGUUUAUGAAUCAAGACCUGAACUGCGAUCAUAAUCUCACCACCGUCAUGAAUACAUCAGAGACAAUUGAAUUCAGCGAACUAUUUUUAAUACUUUUUUAAUCAUUGAUUGGAACACAGCCAUUUUUAAUGAUUUUAAAAUUCGUUGAAAAUGUGUGGAAAAUAAGUUAUUUAGUGUUUUUUAAGUUGCAUGUAUGUAUUGUCUUGUUUUAGUUAACUGUUUUAGUACCCUUUUUUAUGUAUAAUUGUUAAUAAAAAUUUAUAUUAAUAAG